AUGUGUUUAACCGAAAAGGGGUUUGUAGACAACGUUGAUGAUUUCGAUGGGCAACAAAGGGCACAGCAGUCCGAUUUUAAAAGUGCGCACGGAUUGAAAACAAUCACUGAUCAAAUGAUGCUACCGGUCAUAACCUUGCUUCUAUUUAGCAUGUCAUUCACGAAAAUAUUGCCCGCAGUCAUUUCAAAAGCACCGGAACAAAAAUCAAUCGUCACAGUUGAAAAUAUGACACCUGAAAUAUACAAAUUACUUCUAACUACUAGUCGACUAAAGCUUGUUCAACAAGAUGACGAUGAUACCUACGUUCCGAGCGUUGGCUCGGACUUAUCGAAAAGCUCAUGUAUGACCAGUUAUAAUCUUUGGCUUACUUCCUACCAGUCAUACUUCCAAUCGUGGGCGAAUGCCAAUUGUGUGCCAUACAGAGCUGUUUAUAGAGAUGAGUGUAUCUCGAUACUAUUUCAAGUUAAUCCACAAGUUCCACCUUGUACUAAUUGGUGGCAAUAUGAAGACCUCCAAUCGAUCGAAAUCCCUGCAUAUUUUAGUUCUUGA